AUGGCGGCACUAGAUUCGGCUUCCUCCUCCUCCUCCUCCUCCUCCUCUGUUGCCUCCACAGUUGGAUCUUCCAGUUACGAUGUGUUUCUCAGCUUCAGGGGUGAAGAUACUCGCUAUAACUUCAUUUGUUUCCUUUACAAAGCUCUGAAAGAUGCAGGAAUUGAUGUCUUUCUUGAUAAUGAAAACUUGUGGACUGGAGAAGUAAUUGGCUCAACCCUCCUUAGAGCGAUAAAGGGGUCAAAAAUCUUGAUCCCUGUCUUCUCUAAAGGUUAUGCACAUAGCAAAUGGUGCUUGCAGGAACUUGCUCAGAUAUUUCAGUGCCACAAAUCCAAUGGUCAAAUUGUCUUGCCCAUAUUCUUUCACGUUGACCCAUCACAUGUUCGGAACCAGACCGAAAGUUUUGAAGAAGCGUUUAGGAAGCACGAGGAGAUUUUCGAGGCCGAUAUAGUAAUGAGUUGGAGGGAAGCUUUGAGAGAGGUCGGGAAUUUGAAGGGAGAAGUUCUCAAAGAAACUAU